GGGCAGCCCUAAACCACCGCACUCCCGCAGUCAAAAUCAUAUUAUUGAAUGAAUGGUUGUUGUCAGUUUUCUUGUAAAUAUUUAUCAAUACUUUAAGUUUUAAACCAAAACUGAAUAUAAAAGUUAUGAAUUAAGUAAAAGUGAAAGUAGUGAGUUAUCAUAUUUUUUUAAUUCAGCACAACAAACCACCAAUACAUGGCCCGCGAUGUUCACCAACAAUGGGAUGACGACGGCUACUCGGAGAAGGACAGCGACGACAGCCCCAUACUGUCCUACAGAUAUGACAAACACCGUCGCUACGUGCCGCUCGCGCGCGACAUCAAGUUCGAGAGGGAGCGUCGCUGGGCGGUGACGGCGGUCGCGAAGUGCUCGCUCUUCAGCACCGCCAUGAUACUGUUCUGCGUUCUGCUGUACAUCCCUGUGUACAACAGAGCCAACGAUCAACUACCUAAAGUGGCCGUAGCGGGAUGGUCGGUUCACACCAACAGGGACACUAAGAUAUACGUACAGCCGGACAACGUAACGACGGUCCACGAGCCAAAGGACAUAUGUCCAAAAAGCAGUAGAAAGAGUAAAAAUAGUUUAUUCCUACUUAUAGUAGUCUGUUCUUCUACUACCAAUUUCGCGCAGCGCAUAGCGAUACGUGAGACGUGGGGCAGUUACGACAACUACAUCCGAACGGCGAAAAUAUUCGAAUCGGUUCGGGCGAAGUAUAAAUAUUACAAUUAUACGUACGAUCUGUACGAGGAGCGGAAAGUUAAUCUAAGUGUAAAUAUUGUAGAUAGGAAAAAACGAGAAAUAGCCGGUUUCGGUCGGUUCCUACCGGAAUUAGCUAAAGCGUUGCAGAGUAACUUGAUCGAUGUGGAUAACGUAACGCCAGAGAAACGAUUCGAAGACGAAAAGGAACAGGAAAUGUUGCCAGAAUUUGACAUGAAUAAAGAAUUAAACGAACCAGAGGAAGAUCUAAACGUGGACUACGACUACGAGUCGAACAUAAUGAAGAUCCCUCCGAAAGGGUACGAAGAGAGUCCAGAUCUAGACAAAGUUCUAACACUACUAAAGAAGUCGAAGGAGUUCCCUAAGAGUGAGAUCAUGGAGCGCGAGUCUGGCAAUACGGAUGUCGAUUUCAAAUUAGUGUUUCUACUGGGGCUGCCAUCCCAGGACAACGAUACGGAAAUCCAGGAGAAGAUCGACGAGGAAGUGGAUAAAUACGGAGACGUGAUUCAGGAAGGAUUCAUUGAUUCGUACAACAACUUGACGCUCAAGUCCAUCAUGAUGCUGAAGUGGGUCACCAACAAUUGCAACCAAAGUGCUCGUUACAUUCUCAAGACUGACGACGAUAUGUACGUGAACGUUCCGAAUCUAAUCGAGAACCUCCGCAACCGCUCCAAGGUGCACGACUCCACCAAGGGUCAGGAGAAGGAGUACCUGCUGAUAGGGGACCUCAUAUGUGGCGCGAGGCCCGUGCAGGAUGUGGGCAGUAAGUGGUACAGCCCGCGCUACAUGUACGGCGGGCGCGUGUACCCGCGCUACCUGUCGGGCACGGGGUACGCGCUGUCGGCGCCCGCCGCGCGCGCGCUGUACGAGGCCGCGCUGCGCACCAGCUACUUCCACCUCGAGGACAUCUACAUCACCGGCAUGUGCGCGGUGCGAGCUCGGCCGCGCCUCGUGCCGCGCGACGAGCCGGGCUUCUCGUACAGCGCCGUCGGCAACAGCGCGUGCGUGGCGCACUCGCACCUUACGGCGCACCGCGUGCGGCCCGCGCGCAUGCGCCUCGUGGCGCGCGGCCUGCGCGACGCGCGCCACGUCGACCGAUGCGAAAGAAUGCGGCUGACUCAGAUGAAAGAACUUCAUAGCGGUAUGUACGUAAUGUACAAAUAUCUGCGCUUACUCGUCACCAAUGAGUGCUAAGGACCAUCUGUUUACAGACACGACCAGGUAACUCGACUAACGACGCGUCCGCUGAGACGAAGUCGCGUCGAAC